AUGGAGAAUCUGCAGAACGCAAAGAGGACAAAGGUUGAGGAGUCUGGGAUGGAAAGGAUUAGAAGGCAAGUAGAAGUGCUUGUUGGCGGAUUGGAGCUGAAGCAUGUGGAUGUUGAGGAGCUUAUGCAGAAGAUACGCUCUGGAUGGUGCGACGACAUGAGCUGGAGGGAGAUGGUGUAUUGCAGCGGAGAGACGGCAGCAGCAAUGAUAACGAAGCAUCCUGAGUAUGGGACUGUCUCUUCAAGGAUAGUUAUGAUGCAUCUCAGGGAGGCGACGAUGGAAUCUUUUGUGGAGAAGAUCAAGUAUAUACAGAAGCACCGAGGUAUAAUUUCUGAGGAGAUGUACGAGCUGAUUGUAAGGCGUGGGGCUGAGAUAGAAAGAAUGAUAGACUAUGAGAAUGAUUUUAGGUUUAGCUAUUUUGGGAUUCUUACGCUGGCGAAGUCGUACUUGGUAAGGGUAGGGGAUGAGAUUGUUGAAAGGCCGCAGGAUAUGCUGAUGAGGGUGGCAUUGCAGAUACAUGGAGAGGACUUUGACGAGGUGAAGGAGACGUAUGAGAUGCUUUCUGGGCAUUACUUUACGCAUGCAACGCCUACGCUGUAUAAUUCAUGCAUGAAGAAUCCGCAGCUAGCAAGCUGCUUUCUGAUAACACCGAAGGAAGACUCGAUUGAGGGGGUGUAUGACAUGGUCAACCAGACAGCAAUAAUAUCGAAGUAUGCGGGAGGAAUAGGGCUGAAUCUCCAUGGGAUAAGGUCGAAGGGAUCUGCGCUGCGAAGUACUGGCGGACGAAGCAACGGAAUUAUUCCGCUGAUACAGGUGCUGAAUUCUACAAAGAGGUAUGUGAACCAAGGGUCUGAGCGAAGGCCCGGGUCGAUAGCGAUUUUUCUUGAGCCAUGGCAUAUGGAGAUAUUUGACUUUCUUGAGCUGCGCAAGAACACGGGUGCUGAGGAGCUGCGUGCCAGGGAUGUGUUUACUGCACUGUGGGUGUGUGAUUUGUUUAUGGAGCGGGUGAAAAACAACGAGGAAUGGUCAUUAUUCUGCCCGAACGAGGCAGUGGGUCUUGCCGAAGUAUGGGGAAAGGAGUUUGAUGAGUUGUACUGCAGGUAUGAGAGGACAAUAAGCAGGACGGUUGUUCCUGCACAGAAGCUAUGGAAGGCGAUAGUUGAGUCACAGAUUGAGACCGGGACUCCGUAUAUGUGCUACAAGGACACGUGCAACCGGCUGAGUAAUCAGCAGCACCUGGGCACCAUCCGGUCGUCGAAUCUCUGUGCAGAGAUUAUAGAGUAUUCGGCAGCGGAUGAGACAGCGGUCUGCAACCUUGCUUCUGUAUGCUUAUCGAAGUUUGUGAAGGGCGGAGGGUUUGACUUUGAGCUGUUUGGAAAGGCAGUAAGGAUGCUAACGCGGAACCUGAACAAGGUGAUUGACAAGAACCACUAUCCUGUUGAGGAGACGCGAAGGUCGAAUCUAAGGCAUCGCCCGAUUGGGAUAGGUGUGCAAGGGCUUGCGGAUCUUUUUGCGAUGCUGAGGCUUCCAUUUGACAGUGAAGAAGCCAGGAAGUUGAACAGGGAGAUUUUUGAGGCGAUGUACUACUUUUCGCUGGAUGCCUCGUGUGAGAUAGCGGAGAGAGAAGGGCGGUUUGACUCGUAUGAAGGAUCGCCCAUAAGCAAGGGGAAGUUCCAUUUUGAGCUUGCGGGGCGGAGUGGGUCUAUAUGCUGGGACUGGGAAGGGCUGAGGGCAAGGAUUGCAGAGCAUGGGAUACGGAACAGCCUUUUGAUUGCAUUGAUGCCCACCGCAGGGACGUCGCAGAUAUUUGGGAACAACGAGGCGUUUGAGCCGUACACGUCGAAUAUAUAUACCCGAAGAACACAUGCAGGGGAGUUCCAGGUUGUUAACAAGUAUCUUGUUGAUGACCUUGUGAGGAUUGGGCUGUGGUCGUAUGAGAUGAAGAAUCUGAUUAUUGAGAACGAGGGGUCUAUACAGAACAUAGCGUCGAUACCUAAGGAUAUCAGGGAGAUAUACAAGACGGCAUGGGAGAUAAAGAUGAAAGCAGUGAUAGACCUUGCGGCGGAUAGGCAGGCAUAUGUUGAUCAAUCGCAGUCGCUGAAUAUUUUUAUUGCGAAGCCAACGUAUUCUCAGAUAACAUCGAUGCAUUUCUACGGAUUCCAUUCUGGACUGAAGACGGGGAUGUAUUAUCUGAGGACACGGCCAAUAACGUCUGCAAUCAAGUUUACGGUUGAUAAGAAGCUUGCGGAAAAGACUCUGUCGUCGAUGAAUGAUGGGGACGAGGCAUGCUUUAUGUGUUCUUCGUGA